CUACAGAUCAGGAACAGCCAUCCACAUUCAUCUAAAAACAUGCAGUCUUCCGAAUCCAAAUUCAGCAGAAACAGUCUGAUCUUGACUCUGAAACGAUACAGCACUGCUGUCAGGAACAUGGAGCUGACCAUUCUCCUGCCGAGCCUGUUGCGAGAUGUGCCUUCUGAGGAGGUGUGUGACUGUGAAGCAGCAGAAGAAACCUGCAGAGAUCUGUAUGCUAACUAUUUGAUGCUCAAGGCAAUUCGGAACACAGUGGAGAGCAGUCUGGCUCCUUCAGACGACCGCAAGGCCAAGAAUACAGCACUCAAUCUGACCAUGGAGCCUUACUUGGACACGGAUCCUGAAGCCCUCUUCCACUUUCAUUUGAAAGGACUGUUUUCUGUGAUGAAUGACCUCACGAAGAAGACUCAGAGCAUCACUAAGAAGUACUUGGAGAUAGUUGGAGUGGCAAAUUAAUGAUAAAACUAUGGUAUACAGACAAAUAAAACAUCUGGUGUUUUUAAAAUCACAUUGAAAUCUCAAAUAUUUGAGCUGUUUCAUUUACUGAGCUCAAGCUUCUAACAUACUGAAUAGGAAAUAAACGUGCUUUGCCAAAACUGA